CUGUGAACGCUACUCUAAUAAUCACAGAGAGUAACAAAACGCAAAGGCGGUUUUAACGCAGUACAAAAUUGGAACAAGACGAAAUGAGUGAUUCGUAUUUCAAGGGAAAGACCAUUGUUGUCACUGGGGCCGGUCAAGGGAUCGGGAGGGAUGUAUGUGAACGUCUAUACGAUAUGGGUGCUGACGUGUUUGCAAUAUCACGAUCACUUCAACCGCUGCUAGAACUACAAAAAGGUCGUCCGAAAAUAUCAAUUUUGCAGUUGGAUUUAAGCAACUGGUCUUCGAGUAGAGACGGAGUUACUAAAUUUCUCAAAAAUAUUAAGGUUGACGGUUUGGUCAACAAUGCAGGAUUGGGUGGAUCGAAAUCCAUUUAUGAUCUCGAUGAAAGCGACUUCGACAACACAAUAAAUAUCAACUUAAAGGCAGUGUUCAAUGUAACUCAAACACUUUUGCCUAAUUUUAACGAGGGAGCGAGCAUUGUUAAUCUAUCGUCUCAAGCUGGAUUGCGUGCAUUUGCCAACCAUGCAGUUUAUUCAGCAUCGAAAGCUGGUGUUGAUGCUCUUUCCCGAGCAUUUGCUCUUGAAUUAGGUCCGCGAAAAAUUCGUGUGAAUAGCGUUAAUCCAACAGUCGUCCUCACUGAAAUGAGCAUUCACUAUUGGACACCCGAACGUGGUGACCCAUUGAAAGCAAGAAUUCCGUUAAAUCGGUUUUGUGAACUCAACGAAGUUACGGAUGCAAUUGUGUAUUUGCUAAGUGAUAAGUCAUCGUUCAUUAACGGCCAUAGUUUGCCUGUUGAAGGUGGCUUUUGUUCAGCUUGAGCUCGCUCAAUAAUGUUGUUGUGCAUACAUGUUUCAUUUGUAAAAUUGGUGGGAAUAAAAUACAAGAAAAUUAGUUGAGGAAAAAGUGUCUGCACUCAAAAAAGUGUGGAAAUAGAGACUUU